AUGGCUGUUCAGACCCCCAAGCAGAGGAUUGCAAAUGAAAAGUUCAACAAAAGAGUCGAGAAGCACAGGAAGUAUGGUAAAAAGAAGGUGAAAGGUGACGGCUCGAAAUUCAACUUCCCAAUCUCGAAAACUUGGCUCUUCGUGCUAGCGUUUUUACUCGUGGGCGGAGGCCUGUUGGAGCUGCUAAGUCAUUUCCUGUGA